GGCCAUCUACCCGCCCUGUGGCCGGCGCAAGAUCAUCCUCUCCGACGAGGGAAAGAUGACGGAACGAGCUGAUAGCGCGAUACAUCAAGCUGCGGACUGGGAAGACGCGGACACGGAAGCAGGUCUCCAGUCAUAUCCAGGUCCUGGCGGGCGGAAGGCCCGGGAGAUCCAGGUGAAGCUGAAGGACCAGGCAGCCAAAGACAAGGCGCUCCAGAGCAUGGCCAGCAUGUCAUCCGCUCAGAUAAUCUCCCCUACUGCCUUUCAGAACAAGAUGGUGCUGCAGGGUCUUCCCCGGCCAACGUACCCCACGGCUGGCGGGUUUUGGCAUGGUGCGCUUCCGGGACAGCCUGCUGGCCCUGAAGACAUCAAGCCCUUUGCCCAGCAGAGCUACGCCAUGCAGGCCUCUGGCCCUCCACCCAUAACAGGUUACGAGAGCACAGCGGGGUUGACCAUGUCCCCUAGCGCUCCCCCCUGGCAGGGCCGGAGCAUUGCCAGCUCCAAACUCCGCAUGCUGGAGUUCUCCGCCUUCCUGGAGCAGCCGCAGGACUCUGAGACCUUCAACAAGCAUCUGUUUGUGCACAUCGGUCAGUCCAACCCCACCUUCAGCGACCCCUACCUGGAGGCGGUGGACAUCCGGCAGAUAUACGACAAGUUCCCAGAGAAGAAGGGAGGCCUGAAGGAGCUGUUUGAGAAAGGACCGGGCUGUGCCUUUUUCCUGGUCAAGUUCUGGGCGGACCUAAGCAUCAACCUCCAGGACGACAGCAACUAUUUCUAUGGCGUGUCCAGCCAGUACGAGAGCUCUGACAACAUGAUCAUCACCUCCUCCACCAAGGUCUGCUCCUUCGGCAAGCAGGUGGUGGAGAAAGUGGAGACGGAGUAUGCACGCUUUGAGAAUGGCCGCUAUGUAUUUAGAAUUCAUCGCUCACCACUGUGCGAGUACAUGAUCAACUUUAUCCACAAGCUCAAACACCUCCCAGAAAAAUAUAUGAUGAACAGUGUACUGGAGAACUUCACCAUCCUGCAGGUGGUGACAAACAGGGAUACACUGGAGACGCUGCUAUGCGUGGCUUACGUGUUCGAGGUGUCCACCAGCGAGCAUGGGGCCCAGCAUCACAUCUACAGGCUGAUCAAAGAUUGAGAGCCAAGGAGGGGGGCCUCCCUUUCAAACCUUUUACCACUACCGACAAAAAAAAAAAACUACCACAACCAGUGAACCUCCAAACCCAUCAACCACCACAACCUCCCCUUUCUACACCAUCUCUCCUCCUCACCACUGGACUGCGAUCAAUAUCCUGCUCAUCUCAAGUCGGAGACAAGCUAACACUGGGGCCGUCUCAAGCUGUCUGUCCAGGCCAGACCAUCCAGGGUGGAUGAGGCUAACAGACGAACAGAGAGACCGGUAGACAUGAUGUGGAUGUGGACGUGGAUCCGCUUCGGGCACCUGAGCAGCAGGAGUGAGGUCUACCACAUCGUCGCCGUGCGGGCGACUACAAAGAGACGUAGUGAUGGAUUCCCCACUUGGGUUGUUUUUCUGUUUGUUUGUUUGUUUUUGUUUUUCAUUUUUUACUGCAGGAGCCACACCUUGAGAUGUUGCAUGAUACUACCCCCUCUCCUCUUCCCCGGUCCUGUGUUACUAGAGCGUGUUUGUGUUUUCAUUUUUUCACACACAGCUGCGCGGACUAACAUGGGUUCUAGCAACACCUAGUGACAGGUUUAAGCAAGUGGCUCAUGGAAAUAGUUCCAAAGAGACUCGCCAGCCAGAGAACUGAAAAGGUUGGAGGGAAGUGAAGUGGAUUAGAGUGGGCAGUGCCUGUGUGUUUGGUUUCUGUGUCGUCAGUAUUUUGUGGCGUUCUACCAUUUUCUGAUCCGCCUCAUUGAGGCCGUACGGUAACGGAGGACGCAAAAAAAUGAUAAUGAAAAGAUUGUGUAUUAUGUAUGUAUCUUCAUCCUGUUUGAUUUUCAUAUGUUAAAUAAUAUUUAUCUUUAGUAUUGUUGGACGAACAUGAGCGCAACUUACUUACGUUAAACUGUGCUAACUUGAACCAGAAUAGAAUUCUCUUGGAAAUGUAGGAGAAUGUGGAAGAGAAUGCUGGAAUUGUAUCUUCAUAGGUCUGUGAAAAUGAAAGGUGAAAAUAAAACUGAAAAUGUACAUUACUUGA